AUUUCUCUGGCACCGGCAAUUCCUUCAAGAACUUGCUCGAGUCACUCUCCAUGCUUUAUCACAACAUUACUACCUUUCCUACCUUAUUUUACAAAAGACUUCCAAAACAAAGUGCUUCCGUUCGUACCUCCCAGACAGAAUAUUCAUCAUGUUGUUAAGAUCAGCAUUUACAUUUGGAUGUCUGAAGCAAGUUUUGCUACAAGCUCCUAAACUUUCUAUCCUUCGCCAUAUGUCAAAGAAUUCUUCAGAAAUGGAUGUUCUGCUAGAAAGAGUGGCUGACAAAGGUGUUGUCACUUUGAACCGACCUAAAGCUUUGAAUGCUCUUUCUUUACCAAUGACUAGAAAAAUCUACCAACAAAUGCUAGAAUGGGAGAAAGAUGGAUCCGUUUCAAUGGUAAUUAUGAAAGGAGCUGGAGGCAAAGCGUUUUGUGCUGGUGGAGAUAUUGUUGCUAUUACAAAAUCGAAACAAAGUGGAGACUCAUAUGCUGAAGACUUCUUUAAAGAAGAAUAUAUAUUAAACCACAAAAUUGGAACAUUCAAAUAUCCAUUUGUUGCUGUUAUUGAUGGGAUUACCAUGGGUGGAGGAGUUGGUUUAUCCGUUCAUGGAAUGUUCCGUGUAGCAACAGAAAAGACCUUGUUUGCAAUGCCAGAAACAGCAAUAGGAUUGUUUCCUGAUGUUGGUGGAAGUUUCUUUCUACCACGGCUGCAAGGAAAUCUUGGAAUAUUUUUAGCUCUAACUGGAUAUCGACUGAAAGGCCGUGAUGUUUGUAAAGCUGGGGUUGCUACUCAUUUUGUAGAAAAAAACAAGGUAGACUCUCUUGAGAAAUCUUUGUUGACUUUAGAAUCUCCAACACAGAAGAAAAUAGCUCAGGUGUUAAAUGACUUCCAAAAUCAGAGCAAAACUGAUGAAAGUAGGAGUUUUAUUUUAGAACCUCAUAUGGAAAAAAUUAACAAGUUGUUUGGUGGAAAUACAGUUGAAGAAAUUAUUGAAAACUUGAAAGAAGAUGGAUCAGAAUGGGCUCUUGAUCAAUUGAAUAUCAUAAGUAAAAUGUCACCGAUAUCUUUGAAAGUGACCUUGCACCAACUCAAAGAAGGAGCAAAGAAAGAAUUUGAUGCUUGCUUCAAAAUGGAAUAUUGCCUUAGCCAGCAUUUUGUAGAAGACAGUGAUUUUCAUGAAGGAGUCCGUGCCAUGUUGGUGGAUAAAGACCACAAACCAAUUUGGCAACCUUCAAAUAUUUCUGAUGUCACAGACGAGAAAGUUAAUUGGUAUUUUACUCCGCUUCCUGAAAAUAAAGAAUGGAAACUCCCAUAAGAGUUUGAUCUGGAAACUCCCGUUCAAUCUUGCUCUGGAAAUUCCCGUACAAUCUAGCUUGUCAUAUGAAGAAGUUAUGUGUGCUGAGAGAUUUUAGUUGCAAGAUCAUUACUAGCAUAAUGGAAGAAAGCUAGUCUUAAAGCAACUAAUUUUAUUUAGUAAUGGAAUGGAAUGGUAUUAGAAAAUUUAAUUCAUUGUGAAAUUGAGACAGAGCCAUGAUUUGUAAUAUAUUAUGAAAAUAAAUACUCUAAAAAUGUACAAAAUUUUAAUAAAAUAAUUUGCAAAAUUC